GUUACUAUUUACAGUGUCACUGUUAAACAUGUUUGAUAUGAGCCUGUAUGCAGGAUAUUGAUGCUCCUUUUCCUCAUCUGUCCUCCAGCCAGAGUACAUGAAUCCAGGAGCAGAGGAGGAGACACAUGGACAGAAGAGGAAGUGGACAUUGAGAGGAGACAAAGAGGAUCUCCCUGCGCAGUACUGUAACGAAGCACAAGGAGGGAGAGAAGACUGGAGACGAGGAUCAUCAUCAUGAUGGCAGAAACAGGAGCAGGAGCUGAACACCCUUCAGUGUCACUGCACAGCCUCCCAUGUGAAUCACAGUGUUUUGGGGACACGGUGACCUCUUACUCUGAGGACUCAGCAGCACUCAUGGAUGUGUGUGUAAAAAGUGAGCCUGAAGAUGAGCACAUUUCCCACCCUGAAUAUUGUACUGAGGUUCAGGGCUUUGGUGCUGAAGAGAUGGGUUCAGGGAUGCACCUGGAUACUACGACUGUAAUGGUCAACAUAAAGGAGGACAAAGGAGAUCUUCAUCUGUGCAGCACCACCGAUGACCUCAGCCUUUCAUCAGAGCAGCUAAAUUCUUGUACUUUAUCAAUAGUGUAUAAAUCAGAGGCAGUUGAAGUGAAUACUGAUCAGUGUUCUCUGAAAGGAAUAAAUAAAUCUGCUCAUUGUGUGCAUCCCAACACUGACCAAAUUAAAAAAGAGAUUGUCAUGGUGAAAAUAAUGGAGGACAAUACUGAUCUACAGCGACAGUACCAUACUGCUGAGGGUUUCUGCCCUCCAUCAGAGCAGUUAAACUCUCCCACAUGUGUUUUAUCUAAGCAGUGUAAAACAGAGACAGAUGAAAUCAAGGUAGAGCAUCGUUCUCAGUUUCAGGAACCUCCCAGGACAGCAAAUGAAAUUAGUGAAGUUGCUCAUUAUGGCAUAAAGGAAGAGUAUGCAGAUGUAAAGGUAAAUGAGUUCAACUCUAGUCCUAGUUCACUGUCCAUGAAAUAUAAGUCUGAGACAGAUGAGUUUAAAGUCAAGCAGCAUCCUCAGUUAGAAUUGGCAUCCAGUACAGCGCUUGAAGUUGGAAGUGAUGGUUUACCCAAAAAUUCUAAAACUUGGCACCUGAAAUGCUGCCAGCCUGUUUAUUGUGAAGAGAAACCAUAUAAAUGUAGUCAGUGUGUAAAAAGUUUUUUCUAUGAAAGUGAAUUAAAGCGGCACCAGCAUGUUCAUUCUGGGGAGAAACCAUAUAAAUGUAGUCAAUGUGAGAAGUGCUUCUCUCGAUCUACUACUUUAAAGCAGCACCAGCUUCUUCAUUCUGGUGAGAAGCCGUAUAAAUGUAGUGAAUGUGGGAAGAGUUUUUCCCAAGGGAGUCAUUUAAAACAGCACCAGCGUAUUCAUACCGGUGAGAAACCGUAUAAAUGUAGUCAGUGUGGAAAGAGUUUUUGUCAAAGAGGUGCCCUGAAACUGCACCAACUUGUUCAUUCUGGGGAGAAACCCUAUACUUGUAGUGAAUGUGGGAAAAGUUUUUCUCAAUCUAAUAACUUAAAACAACAUCAGCUUAUCCAUUCUGGUGAGAAACAAUAUAAAUGCACUCAAUGUGGAAAGAGUUUUUCUCAAGGACGUCUGUUAAGAAAACAUCAGCGUGUUCAUUCUGACAAGAAAUUUGAAUGCAUUCAUUGUGGAAAAGGAUUUUCUUGUCAGAAUUACUUAAAGAAACAUGAGCUUGUCCAUUUUGGUGUAAAACCAUAUGAAUGUAGUGAAUGUGCAAAGAGUUUUUGCCAAAGAGGUGCUCUGAAACUGCACCAGCUUGUUCAUUCUGGUGAGAAACCAUAUAAAUGUAGUGAAUGUGGGAAAAGUUUUACUCGUGGAAGUAACUUAAAACAGCACCAGCUCAUCCAUUCUGGUGAGAAACAAUAUAAAUGUAGUGAAUGUGGAAAGAGUUUUUCCCAAGGACGUCUGUUAAGAAAACAUCAACAUAUUGUUCAUUCUGGUGAGAAACCAUACAAAUGUAGUGAAUGUGGGAAGAGUUUUUCCCAAGGAGGAACCUUAAAACAGCACCAGCUUGUUCACUCUGGUGAGAAACCAUAUAAAUGUAGCGGAUGUGGAAAAAGUUUCUCUCGAUCUAGUAACUUAAAACAGCACGAGCGUAUUCAUACUGGUGAGAAACCAUAUAAGUGUGGUCAGUGUGGGAAGAAUUUUUCCCAGAGAAGUGCCUUACAGCUCCACCAGGCUGUUCAUUCUGGUGAGAAACCAUACAAAUGUAGUGAAUGUGGGAAAAGUUUCACACGUGGUGGUCACUUAAAAGAGCACCAGCUUAUUCAUUCUAGCGAGAAACAAUAUAAAUGCAGUGAAUGUGGAAAGUGUUUUUCCCAAGGAGGUCUGUUAAAGACACAUCAGCGUGUUCAUUCUGGGGAGAAACCAUAUAAAUGUGGCGAAUGCGGUAAAAGUUUCUCUCGAUCUAGUAACUUGAAACCACACCAGCGUAUUCACACUGGUGAGAAACCAUAUAAAUGUCUUCAGUGUGGAAAGGGUUUUUGUCAAAGAGGGGCCUUACAGCUCCACCAGGUUGUUCAUUCUGGCGUGAAGCCGUAUAAAUGUAGCGAAUGUGGGAAAAGUUUCACUCGUGGUCGUCACUUAAAAGAUCACCAGCUUCUUCACUCCGAUGAGAAACAAUAUAAAUGCAGUGACUGUGGGAAGAGUUUUUCUCAAGUACAUCUGUUAAGAACACAUCAGUGCAUUCAUUCUGGAGAGAAAUUUGAAUGCAUUUAAAAUGACAAACCUAAGUAUAUUCAUUUUUGUGAGAAACAGUAUAAAUGUAGCAAAUGUGGAAAAAUUAUUUGUGGUGUUAACUGGUAAGGAACAGUGAUGUAAUGUAGUCCUGUAAAUGUAUUUAAUGUUGAAAGAGUUAAAGACCACCACCUUAUUAACUGAGAGAAAAUACAGAAAUGUGGCAACUGUGGAAGUUCACCAAAUCAAUGUCACAGGACACUUCAACGCCCUUUAGAACACAGAUGCUGGGCUUGAGUCACCGUCCAAUCUGACUCAGUGCUUUUCAUCUGAAUCCUAGAGUUCUCCAAACCCACUCCAGAAUGACCACAAGAGCCAUCGCUCAGUGUUGGUCUUCUGGGAUGAAGAAACACCUGGUUGUUCUCUGCAAAAAGUCUAGAGACUUUACAGACUCUUUCAUAGAUGUUUUGUGCACAUAGAAUGUUGAGUCCUACACAUUGGUCAACCCAAAAUGUAAAAAGUGUAUAUACGCAUUACUUUUUUGGUAAAUGCAUUUAAAACGUGAAUUUAUUGAAGACAUUUACUCCUGCAUGUUUUCUUAUAUAGUGCUAAAAUGUUAAAUUCUUACUCAUUCACUUCACCUGUAGCCAGUCAUUUGUAUUUCUUGCCCAGAAUGAUCACUUUGAUGAUUAUCAAAAUGGAUCCAAGGUUGGGCAUUUCACCACGACCUCCCUCCUUGCAGAAUCUCUCCAGUAGAUGAAAGCAGCUUCACUUUCAUAGUCUACUUUGUCCUGAACCUGUUUGCAUCUUUUGGCACCAUCAAGCAAAGUAGUGUACUCUUACAUUAACAAGUUAAAUCCCCCAGAAAUCCCCCCAGGCUUUGCAGUAAUGCUGACCUGAUUAGUUUUAAGGAAAGUUGAAACACUAAAUGUGAAAGAUUCACUAAGAAGGUGACAAAAAUGUAACACUGAAAUUAUAGUUUUGUUUACAAAUGAACCUAACUAAAAAAAAGUAUUGUUAAAAACUACUGUGAAAAGUACAGUUUUCUCCAAUAAGUAUGUAACAGAGUAAAUGUAACAUAACUAGGCCUUGUCUGGAUGUUUGUUGUUUAAAAUAUUACAGCUGGACCUAGUAUGACUUCACAUCUUUCAGUACAGAAAAAUAUAUAACAAAUGGGAACAUAAAAUAUCA